GGCGCCAGCCAAAUCGAGCCCCGCCCCCUCCUUUUUUUCUUUCCUCCCCCUGCCUUGCGCCGGCGGGGAGCCGGGCGCGAGCAGAGGAGGGAGGGCGGACGGGCGAGGAGUAGUGGGAGGGAGGGGGUGUCGUUUCGUGUGUCAGCGUCAGUCAGACGGCGCGCGAGCCCGCGGUGUUGCUGUGGCGGCUGCCCUCCUGCGAGCUGCGCCGUGAGGGCUCCAAACGUGAGGGGAGAAAAAAACAAAAAAACAAGUGCCCGCUCCUUUCCGUCGUUUGUUGGGGACGGCGACGGUGGUGGUGUUGGCGGCGGCGGCUCCCGGAGGAUCCUCCCGAGCGCGGGCUAUGACCUGCCUGCCCAGCUACUUGAGCGGCGGCAAUUCCUGCGCCGCCCUCCGCGCUUUCCUCAAAUCCUCGCGGCGACACCAGCCCCCUGCGCUGCCUCGGCGGCACCUCACCUUAACGCCCAGCCUCUUACGUUUGGCCGAGGCGGCGGCGGCGGCGGCGGCGCCUCCCUCCGCUGCCGCCUUCGGGCUCCCUCUCCCGUCGGCGCUGGCGGGGCGAGGGUCUCCUUCGCCGUCGCCCCCUCCUCCUCCUCCUCCCUGCCCCCCUCUGUCCCCGGCCUCUUCCUCGCACAGGUGCCUCAGUUCCGACGUCUCGUCUUCGGGGGUCGCCGGCGGCGCCGGGUUCCGCCCAGCCCGGGUGGUAGUGGUGGCCAAGACCACCCGGUACGAGUUCGAGCAGCAGCGGUACCGAUACGCGGGGCUCUCGGAGGAGGACCUCAAGCAGCUGCUUGCUUUAAAGGGCUCUAAUUACACUGGACUACUAGAGCGACAUCACAUUCACACAAAAAAUGUGGAGCAUGUUGUAGAUAGUUUAAGAAAUGAGAAGAUUGAGGUCCGACUUGUUAAACGCAGAGAAUAUGAUGAAGAGACUGUUCGGUGGGCAGAUGCUAUUGUAGCAGCAGGAGGUGAUGGCACAAUGCUUCUAGCAGCCAGUAAGGUACUGGACCGAUUAAAACCAGUUAUUGGAAUAAACACAGACCCAGAUAGAUCAGAAGGCCACUUAUGUUUACCUGUACGAUACACAUACUCAUUUCCAGAUGCCUUAGAGAAACUUUAUCGAGGUGAAUUUAGAUGGCAGUGGCGACAGCGCAUCCGAUUAUAUCUUGAAGGCACUGGUAUUAACCCUGUUCCUGUUGAUUUGCAUGAACAGCAGCUGAGUCAAGAACAACAUAGCAGGGCUCAUGUUAAUGGAAGAUUUCAGGAUCAUAAAUCUCAGAUUUCUGAACCACACCUCCUGCCAGUAAGAUCAUUAAAUGAAGUCUUUAUUGGAGAAUCUCUUGCAUCCAGGGUGAACUAUAAGUCCUGCAAACCCAGUUUUAAAUUCUCCCUUCAUAGGGCCUCUUACUAUGAAAUAUCAGUUGAUGAUGGUCCAUGGGAGAAACAAAAGAGUUCAGGUCUUAAUAUAUGCACUGGAACUGGAUCAAAAGCCUGGUCAUUUAAUAUCAACAAGAUAGCAAACCAGGCUGUGGAAGAAAUCCUGAUGAUUGCUAAAAGUUACGACAACUUAGACCUUCCACUGAGCAAGGAACUAGUACAGAAAGUAACAAAUAGAUAUAAUGAGUCACUGCUGUAUAGUCCAGAGGAACCCAAGAUGUUUUUUAGUAUACGCGAACCUAUUUCAAACCGUGUUUUUUCAAGUAGUCGGCAACGGGGCUUUGCUUCAAAAGUUUGCAUCCGAUCUCGUUGUUGGGAUGCCUGUAUGGUUGUAGAUGGAGGAACUUCAUUUGAAUUCAAUGACGGAGCAAUAGCAUCAAUAUUGAUCAACACAGAAGAUGCACUGCGUACUGUUGUGCUAGAAGAAUGAAGAAGUGAAAGCAUUCAAGCUUCUAAUCACAAAGAAGGGAUACAGCAUUAUUUCAGAUGUGAAAUUUGUUCUUCUGAUUAGAAAGGCAUUUGGGAAGCAAAUACUGAAGUGAUUUUUCAUUCCUUUUGGUUGAGAAAUUCUUGGGAAAUUUAUGUUUAUCACUUAUUGAAUCAUAUAAGAAAGUUAGCUAAAGGUUACAUCUCAAAAGGUCUAUCAACACUUUUAAAAAUCUUAAUAGAUUUGACUGAAUGCUUUUAAAAGCAAGGCAGGGGUUAAAAUCAAAUUGAUAUUAAACUGUACAGUUCUCUUGAAGCAGCCUAGUACCAAGUCAGCAAAAUGUCUUGAUUUUUUAUGUAUAUAUAUUACAUCAGUUUCUAAAAUUAUAUCAAAGAUAAUUAAGCUAAAAAGGCAGUACUCACACAUGAAAUGACUUUUGUAUACACCAACAAUUUUUGCUUUUCUAUUUUUUGUGUGUGUGUGUGUGUGAGACGUUAGAAAUGAACUUCCCUCCAGCUUUUGUACAGUUUAAUAGUCACACCUUAAAUCCGGAAUACCUGGUGUCUAAAGCUUAUUCUUAUUCUAUGGGAAAAAGCUAUGCAGGAAUGUAUUAAUACCAUCUGAAGCUCAGGGGGAGUGAAUUUAGAAGAGCUGGUUGUUGUAAAAGAGCUUGGUAGAUUUUUUGAGAGGUGACUCUGUAGAACCUAAUGUGUAGAGAGACUACCAUUUCUCUAAUGCCUUGUAGUUCCCAUGGAACUUAGAAAGCUCCAACUGUGCCCUUCUUCAUCAUGCUUAACAAUGUCACUGUACAGAGAAACUUGCCAAGGCACAUGUGUAUAUUGAAACUCCUCUGAGGACUUGGAUUUUUUUGGCUACAGCUACCAGAAAUCUAAAUGGGGAAAUUCUUAGUGGAAAAAAAAUCAGAAAGCUUCAGCUUAACAUGCAUGCUCCACAAGCUCCUCUCAGUUUUUCUCCUACCUUUGCUCAAGGCAGGCUUUGCUUUUUCUCUCUCCUGUUUGUGGCCUUUUAUACCUCUCCUUCCUUUCAAACUUCCUUUUCUUUAUUCCUAAAUCUAAUUCAACUUUCCCUUAAAAUAUUGUUCUCCCUUCCUUCUACCCCAAUCCUAAUCACCCGUUGACAAAAAAGUGGCAGAAGCCUGACAUAAGAAGCGGUUAAGAUUUGUGUCGAAAGAACCAUGCCCUUGAAGAAAUAUACCUUUCUAUUUGUAUAGCAUAUGAGAUUGCUCACCUCCCGAAACCUGUCCCUAUCAUUGCCCAUUCCAUCAUUUCUGUAGCUUUCUCUCCAGAUGCUUCCCUGGAAGAAAUUUGUGAAGCAGCUACUUGGACCCACUCUUUCACAAUCAUAAGAAACAACUUGUUUCUGAAGCAUCGGAUCUUCUCCCUCCGUAUAGACCUAGAAUACACUUGGGAGGUCCCAUUCCUGAAUGGCUUCUUCCCUCAGACUGGAAAUGGAACAUUGACUUACCUCAGUGAAGGUCAACUCUAGUCUGUGUGGAGGAAACAUCCAGAGCUACCCAAUUGGUUGUUGACUUCAUUUCUGCCUUAAUUCACUGUCAUUUUCUAAUAUUUUCUACUAACUUCCCUAUCAAGUUCAACUCUUCUAUGCUAGCUGGGGAAGGAAAACUGGGAGGAGCUUGUGGAUUAUGUCUGUUAAGGUGUUCUAAGUUUAUUCUCGUUACAUUGCCUUGGUCUAGGAAGGGGAUUAAUCCAUUCCUGGAUAUCUCCCUCCCUGCAAAUCCAAAUGGACCUUCGUAAAGGUAAACCAGUGUUCUAUUUUCCUCAGUUUAAGUGAUGUAUUGCAUUUCUUCUCUGGCAAAAGUGAAACACACUUAAAAUAAUCCCAAGUAUCUAGUUCUCGUAGUGCUUUUUUCGUAUCAGACAGAAGUAUCUUCUGCAAAAGGGUUUUCACUACAUGCCUUGUGAUUCUAUUCAUAGCAGAUCUUAGUCAAUAUGUUCCAUUCCAAAGAAAUCAGGAACUUCAUUCUAUUUGAUUACAUCCAUUAUGUGCAAGCCAGAAAGAAAAGUACCGUCUCCAGCUCUGCCUCAGGAGGACCAGCUGGUGCUGCUGAUUGGCCCAAGGCAGAACAGGGAGAGUGGUAUGCCUAAAUAGCAGACUAGAUGAUAUUGCCUCCCAGGUGGGACAGGCAGAUGGCUUCCCACACCACUCCAAAGAGGAACAAAUGGCCUAUGCUAAUGUACUGAAAGUACACUGUAUCAUUCCUUUUUAAAUUUCAGAUUUGUCAGGCUGUUUGUGUGUUGUUAAACAGGUACAAAUAGAAAUGUAAUCUCCAAUUGUGAAAUAGAUACCCAAGCAUCUUGAAAAGCACUGACUUGUUUCAGUGAAACCUGUUUGUGAUGUCUUUAAAGAAGUACAGAUGUGACCAAUUUGAACAAAUGCCAUAUUUUGGGGGCUCUUUUUUGGGGGGAAUAUAAAGUACAACAAACCAUAGAAAUGUGACACAGCCACUUGUUCUACCUUGUUUAUUUACAUUAAUUGUAUGGUACGCUCUAGGUAUUUAGUAGUGUGAUUGAUUGACACUAACUCAACCUAGGUACAGUGCAAAUGGAUUGCAAAGAAUAUUGCCAAAUACAUUUACAUUUGCAGUAUUAGUAAUGGACCCUCAAUGUGAGUAAAUAAAUGAAUGCGUUUUUCAUUAAUUACAUAGGUAAAACCUUGAACAGAGAUUCAUCUUCAGGACAUGAAGACAAAAGUUAGAUAAUUCAGAAAUAGUACUGAGAUAAGUUACAUUAGACUGUUUUAUAGGACUGGAUAAGCUAUUUAGGAGGCAGAGUAAUAGUAAAUUGCUUACAUUGAAAUAUACAGAUUUCCCAGCUCUUUAAACUACAUUAUGAGAAACUAAAGUUAGUUUGAAAGCUCUUACUUAAAUUCUAUGUGCUGUGAAAUGAUGUGUUAGAGCAGUAAUUCCCAACUUUGGGUAACCCAGGUGUUCUUGGACUACAAUUCCUAGAAGCCUUCACCACCAGCUGUGCUGGCUGUGCUUCUGUUCGAAGUUAUUUAACUUUGGGUUACAUAGAGAUCAGUGAGGUUUCCUUCCAAGUGUAAAUUUUUAAAGGCCUGAAUGCAGUGAUGCACUUGUGUUGCAACUCCAGUAUAACAGAAUAUGUCACCUAGAAGCCAAUGCUGUAGGAUUUCUGAAUGUCUGUGGUGGCAGUUGUAGUGGAGUGUGGAGAUCAGUAGCCUCCUAGUUCUGACAUAAAUAGUUUUGUCAGCAAGAGAAAAAAAUACAGAGCAUGAAAGUGUUCUGAAAUUAUACAUUUGAAGUUAAGAAAGAUGUGAAAUGAUUGAAGCUGUAAUAUUUUGUGAGUUUCUUAAAGUUAAAUUUAAACUUGGAGUGUGUUUUUGCAAAAUGGUGUCACUUGAAGAACCUAAUCAGGUUGUAUUCCUUGCCUAUGAAGGGAUAUGCCAUGUGAUUUUCCUACAUACCAGUAUGUGUCACAUGUACAGAGAUACUUCAUUUCUGUAGUGCUGCCUUGCAUUUUCUGCCUACAUGUAAGUGAGGGGAAGAUAGCUCAGUCCAGCUUUCUACUAGACCAAAAGCCUCUACUGUGCCAACAUAAUGGUUAAGAAGCAUUAAAUGGAAAAAUUGACACUAUUGCCGAUCUUAUAAAAUGUGAAUCAGCAAGUGGCUUUACAAAACCGGUGGGGGAAAAGGAAUAGUUCUAAUAUACUGUAAGCCUUUCAAAAGUCCAAAUGGUAUCUGUCUUUUGAGGUGAUUUAUCUGACAUGGUUUUUACAGAGAUACAAGAUUUCACAUUUGAAGUGUUCUUGGGUGUCUUGAUUUGGAACACACAACUAUCGUGAACCUGAGGAGUGUUCCCAUCAGACAUGUUUUAAAAAUUUCACCGGGGGAUUUUUGAGUAGUAUGAGUUCCCAAAAAGCCACUUUAAUCAGCUUCCUCUUUUCUAAGCCAAAAGGAAAAAAGGGCCUUUUUUGUGAGUAGGGUUUAGUAGGCAACUAAUGGUUUUUAGAUACACAAGUCUUUCCAGGAUCUCUCUUCAGUAGCUUAUGCUUGGUACACUGUGGAGAGAUGGAGCCUUUCCUGUGUGGGCAGGAGCUUUUAAAGUCUCUGUCUCCCCUCCUCUGGUAAGUCUUUUAUGGCUCUGGGAAAUGGGGAUUGGAGAAAGAGAACAUGGGAAUAAUUGUUGGUUGAAGAAUCCAGAUUAUUUUCAGAUUUGUUGGCUAGCAGACUGGAGUGCUAGGUGGUCACAUCUCUACUCCUAUAAUCUGUUGUUUCUCUUUAGGGUUCUAAAUUGCUCUGGAUUUGCUUAACGUAUUUUUUCUUUAUCCCUUUCCAACAGUUUCACCACCACGAUCCUGUUGCUUAUGUAGAGAAUGAACAGGAGCUCAUGGGGAUGGAUUUAGCUUGGGAAGAGUAGAGGUGCUUUAAAUAAUUUCAAUAGAUUUGUUUGCUCUUCCCUAGCUGCAUUUAAUCCCCUCAAGAGCUGAGAGAUCAAUUGCAGAUCUCCCACCCAAAGAUUUAUUUUUGCUCUAGUAACAGCAUAAACUUGUGAAAGCAAGACAACCUAUAGAAAGACAAUUUACUCUAUUUAAAGAGUUCCCUAGAUUGCUUUGGGCUAAAAGUCACAAGGCCAUUUAUAUAGUAGGCUAGAACAACUGGAAUUAUUCCAAACACAAGAAUCAACGUAAUGCAAUUAAAACCUCUCAAAAUUGUUUAAUUCCAGUAUAUCACUGUUCUUACUAAUAUUUCAAGCUGGAUUCAUUUUAUUAAAGAUGUUGAAAUUUGGAUUUACUAAGAAAUAAUGUAUGCCGUGGUUUGUAAUUCAGUGUAAUAAAGGUGAGUUUAUGUUUUUGAA